GAACAAAUCCCGUGUAAUUAAAAAUCAAGUGAAGGAAUUUUCUUUGCGUUGCCAAGUUAGGGGAGUAAACACCUUAUUUUUUCUGCAAACAACACCAACAAAGCUAAUGAGGUAUCAAAACCUUUUCCUAUGGCAAUAAAAAAGCCAUAGUCSUGACUAAAGGUAGUUUGAAGAAGUCUGAAACAGUUCGCUGAUCUUCUGUUUGGACGCAACAAUGGCGCAGUGACUUGAAUUGACCUUUUAUACUUCAKUGAAACMCUACGUGAGCUUCGUCUAUCAUGGAUAAACAGCUUACCAUACGCAGACCAGUGCCUCAAAAACACCAUGGCCUAUCAACUGUSUCUAAAAUAUUCUUUGGAAUGGAUAUUUUUCAAGUUGUAGUUGUUGUGGURUUCCAGAGUAUCAUGAUUGGUUGUGGGAAUUUCAAUGCUUACAAUAAGCCUGAGAAUCCUGGAAUGGGUCCUGGUCGUAGGAUAUACAUGUUUGUUUACAUGGGAGUCAUUGUUUACACCUGUUUCCUGUGUUUAUUUGCAGUAAAAAAGCAAAAUUUCUUGGAAAUACUAGCGUUUCUAUUACAAAAUUUUGGCUUUGUUGCGUAUGGAUUAAUACAAGUUUAUCAUGUGGGAUACAAGAAACUGCCAUUAAGGGAGGGUAAUGUCACCAUGGAGCACAAUCCACUGUUGCGUAACAUUGCACUAUCAAAUUCUUUGACGCUGUUUAUUCUCAAUGGAGUAUUUAUAUUCUUGUCCUGGAAGCUGUACACUGAAUUUGGUUGGAAAAUUUACAAAAGAGUUCGUUUCAACCUGUCACUAAGAUCAAUAUAUCAUUUCUACCAGCUUCUAUCAUGUCUUCUCAAGAUGGCCAUCAUGUAUUGGUGGAUGUACGCCAUAUGCAACAGUUUUGUUCUUCUAAGGGAUUACCAGUCUGUCAUGUACUACAUCAACUUAGCUUUUGUGCCAACCUCGAUAUUAUAUGCAUGUUUGGGAUACUUCGCGACUCAAAGAGAAAUCAAAACGUUGAUGACGAUAUUUAUAUUGUGGACUUUAGGUUUAAUAGGAUACUUUCUCUAUAAGUUGUACGGGUUCUUAACUGAUAGUUGUAAUGGUUGCCAGGAAUUUCAUAAAACAGGAAAAGACAUUCACGACGAGGCCAUGCUUCAUUUUAUUUAUCUUGGUACUCUUAACUUGCUUCUACUAAUCGCCAUACUUGGUGUCUCCUGUAAAGUGUUCUCUAAUUUUGGAAGGGGUCUCGCACAGCAUUUCAAGCCGGAUUUGGAUAGCAGAAGACCUCGCGCGGGAACGGAUCUUUAUCUUCGUCGMAUAAGCCACUACUUUGAAGAAAGCGUYGUSUCAGCUACAUCAUGYGACAGYGAUGARCUUCARGAAAGCAUGAAACUUGGUUACCAAGGUGUAUUAGUCACAUMUGGAGUACCAUUAUUAACGAACAGCAAUCGAGUACUUGCAUCUAGCAUGCCUAACCUAUUUGAACCAGAACCAAGAGCAUUCACUUUCCCAGGCGUGAAAGAGAGAAAUGAGGCACCGGUGAGCACUCUUAACUCAGUCCGAUGUCAACUUGGUGUUAUCGAUGAAGACGAUGAUUUGAAGAAAGUUGAAGUGGGCACAAUAGCCCCGCGAAAAACUAGUAAACCUUUAAAGCAGAAUGACGCCAAGGGAACAAGGAAUAAAAAGAAUGAAAUUGAAAAAAAUGGGAUAAAUGAACGGAGUGCUUCGUGUCCUCUCAAACAAUUGACAGUUAGUGGAAGUAGCAAGGACUCGAGAASCAGAGUCGGUAUUGAUGAUGUUGGUGACGAUGAUGUGUUUAUUGAUCGAAGUGACGGCGAGCAGGCCUCGCGCGAUUCCGGAUUCAUGGAUAGUCUUCCGAAGUCACAAAACGAUGCUCAAACGAAGUUAAAAACUCGUAAAAAAACUAUAAUAUCAUCAAAAGACACUUCAAACGGCGUUCAAAUGAAUGGAAGAGAAGAAAAAGUYGAUGACCAGAGGCGAACUAAUGRUGUUAAAGCACAGAUAAGCUUAUUUAAUGGUGAAAUCAGCUCAUGACAAAGGGUUAUCUCGAUCUGAUCUGGCGAUUUACUUUUUUUGUUAUUGUUAUGAUGAACACACACUCGACACAUACUGUCCGCGAAGGGCAACGAUUGCAGAUAAGAUAGCGUUGACRCGAGGUUCUCAAUGUCCAGUGAUGACCAAUCAUGUGGAUUACAUCAAAAUUUGGUACCAGAUUGAAAGUAGAACCUUUACCGUGCUAGCUUUAGAGCCUCUUCCAGAUCCAGUGGCGUGGAACRUGUCUUUAUAGAACCCUGCCUCUCAUUUCAAACGGUGCAUUCAUGACUAGUGUUGCUUAAGUUGUUGACGAUUAAUUUGUACCAAUUUGAAUACGUUGCUGAGUGCUCCUGCUUUCUCGUCUACUUGCAUUAGUUUUUCCACGAUUACCCAAUUUAUAAACCGAAUUCCAACAYUCUCGAUUCAAUUGUAAAUUACUCAAAUCAUUUCUUUGUGCUCCCUUGUUUCGUUCUCUUUGAAUUCGUCACGUGUAAAAUUCGACGUAUGAACGCUGUACUGGCUACAGCGAGUGGAAGCAGUAAUACGUCUGUAGAUAAAGGAAUUUAUUGACAUUUUACCAUUAUUGUGGCCUACUCCCCAGUCUCCUUUCAGUGAAUCCUGAUCCAAGAUGGCGGACGCCCGUGAUGCAGAGGUGACUCCGGGAAGAGGCAAGUGAAAAGCGACGUCACGCCGAACGUAAACGACUGAUAGUAGCCUGGGGACGAGGCAAACAAUACUCAUAUACAACCCUAUUGCCAAUAAGAACGUCAUCUUGGAUUCUAUUAUUAUUUCCAGUAUCGACUCAGUGGGUUACCCAACAAGAAAUAAUACCAUAAGCUUCAAUAAGGGUUCGUGCUACUCCUUGAAUAGUCCUUGAAAAUCGCUUUUUUAGCCUAAAAAGUACUUGAAAAGGCCUGGAAUUUAGUGAUGAAAAUGUAGAAAAAAACCCUGUUCAAUAAUGCAGCAUAAAAUGAAAAAAAUAUCACACCGUAUGACGUUUUGAAGACAAUUCAAUAUUUUACAUGUUUUCGUCUCUUGGACAUGCCAUGAUUGCUUCAUAUUAAAUUCAAGAUGGCUAACAUCUAAGUGAUAAGUUCUAUCAAACCAUAUAUGUCAUGCAUUAUCCAAGUAGAGCGAUAUGAUAAUUUAACACUUUAUCAAGGGGUUUAAAAAGGUCUAUCACUUCUCGCUGCCUAAAUUUACCAACGGAUUGUAUACAGUAUUCUCAAAACACCGAAAUGUUUGAAACAGUUUUCAUUCAGUGAUAUUGUAUGUUCAAAAGAAAAUCCAUUAUAAGUUUAUUAAAAAAGAUUGAUUCUA